AUGUGCAAGCAGCUGGUAGCAGAUUUGUGGGCUCAGACUCAUCAUCAACCAUUGGGGGAGAGGAUUGCCCACUACGUCAAUAUACUCGCUGAUACAAGUUGGGAUCAUGUUGUUCAUUGUAUUCGGCCCUCUAUUACAGCAGAUCAAAAUAUGGAGUUAUUAGAGGCGGUUGAGGAGGAUGAAGUCACGAAUGCUUUAUUCCAAAUGCAUUCGGAUAAGUCCCUCGGCCCUGACACUGUUUUCGAAGAGCAUCUCACAGAUACCAACAUUGUUUUGAUCCGAAAGAAGAAAAAUCUUGUCACUAUGGCUGAUCUUAGACCCAUUUCCUUGUGUAAUGUGUUGUAUAAGAUUGUGUCAAAGAGGAAAAGAACUGGGAAGAAUGGUUGUAUGGCGAUUAAGCUCAACAUGAGUAAAGCAUACGACAGAGUUGAGUGGCGAUCUCUUAAAGCUAUGCUUCACAAAAUGGAAUUUGCAGACAAAGUUGUUUCUUUAUUUAUGGCCUGUAUUGCUACAGCUCGUAAUAGAAUAUUACACUCAGGGAAGGAAUUUGGCAAUAUAGUUCCAAGUCGCGAUGACAACUACAUCUUCUGCAAGGCUGAUGAAAGAGAGGCGGGUCAUGUGUUGGAAUCGCUCAAAAUAUUUGAAAAAGCUUCUGGGCAAUAG